GCUCCAGAAGACAAGCAACACCAUAUUGCCAUGGCGUUCAAGAACAUCCAAGCUCGGACGCGCGAUGAGCGCAAGGCCGUGCGAGACAAAGAGACAUGGGAGAAGGAUCGACUGCGUGCGCGGAAGGAAGGGUACGUCCGCGUGGACACGUCUAUUUCUGGCAGCGCCAUGACAGUGCAGGCCGUGGGGUCGCAAGGGUACAUGUCCGACGCGGAUCGAUUCCACACAGACGUGGCGGGGGAAGAAAAAGUGGCGCGUGAGUCGCAGAUUGCAAAGCACCAAAUGUCCUACGACGCUCGCCGCCGUGACAACCAAAUUCGCGAAGAUCAACGGUGGAAGGCCAUGGACGCAAAAUCGGCCGAGGAAAAGAAACGGUGGGACCAACUCCGCGAAGAUGGUGGCAAAGCUCGUCGCAAUAAGUCGAGCUGUCAAUUCAACCCGAUCACACUCAAGUACAACGACGGAAAGGACGGCGAGCGCCUCAAGCAGGCCGACAUGGAAAUCCGCCAUCGCGCGUCCGUCCGCGCGGCAAACUUGCAGUUCAACAGCUCACGCGCCGGCAUCAAUCCCAUCACUGGCGACCCAAUCCAGCGCAUCCAGACGUAGCAUGGUGUCGAGUUAAUGGAAUAUCUGUGUCGGGCUGGUCCUGGAGUUCCUUCGCGUCGUGCGCCAUGGUGACAAGAGGGCUCAGUCCGGAUACAGAGCCAUCGAGCAGUCGUAUCCGGACGCCCGGUACCGAGUCGG